AUGUCAUUCUGGGUAUUGAAUCUACUAUGCCUCCUCCAAAUACCAACGAUGGCAUCAUCAAAAAAUGUCAAAUCAAGUGACAGAUACGAUCUUGGUGACAUUCGGUUCUGGAACAGUAUUGGUAGAAGAAAUAUUGAGAAGAAAUUGCAGCUGAACCCUCAUCUUCUAAAAGUGAAACCACCAAAGAAUGUUAUUGUAUUCGUUGGCGACGGGAUGGGUAUAUCAACAGUGACCAGUGCCAGAAUCAACAAGAACCAGAAGGCCGGAAUCCCCCAUCUCAACAAACCACUGUAUUUUGAGAAGUUCCCAUACAGUGGAUUGGUGAUGACGAGCUCUCUGGACCACCAUGUCACGGACUCAGCUGCUAGUGCUAUGGCUCUUUUUACAGGAAGAAAGGGCGUUGAUCGAAAUGCGGAGUACGAUGAAGCUGAAGUGCGUUGUGCAAGGGAUAUUGCCAAGCAGCUGCUUUCUUAUCCAGCCUCUGAGUUCAAGGUGCUGUCGCGAUACAUAUUGAAGAAGUUCUUUGAUGUUUUUCAAAAGAAAGCUACAGGUCUGCAGCCUUCAAAUGUUGAUGUCUACAUGCCCAGGAAUGCCCAGGAAUUUUCAGGUAUCUUCUCGGAUUCCCACUUCCCCUAUUACCUGGAAGAGAAAUUGGGAAACAAGAAAACCGUGCCAAGACUCCACGAAAUGACAAAAAAAGCCAUUGAAGUGCUCCAAAAAGAUGAUCAGGGAUUCUUUUUAAUGGUGGAAGGAGGGGAGAUUGAUCUAGCUGAGCACGAAAACUGGAUGCAUGUAACGUUUUCGGAAAUGUACGAAUUCGAGGAAGCGGUUCAAGUGGCCCGUGAGAUGACCAAUCCGAAUGAAACACUGAUCAUUGUCACAGCUGAUCAUGGCCAUUCCUUCACACUUCCAGGAUAUCUUCAUGCCAAGAAGUCUAUUUUUGAGAGUUCAAGAGUAGUGCAUCGUGAGGGGAACACAAUCGAUACAGUGGAAAAUUGGUUGCCGACCCUGUUCUUCGCUGUUGGACCGGGAUAUAGAAAUGGUUUCAAGGAGCAUCCCAGCAAUGCUGAAAUAGAGAUUUUGGAGACUUUUGGUCUGAAAGCUGUGGUUGUGGUGGCGAUCGUUUGCAUGGUGAUAGCCGUCAUUUCUCUUUUAGUCGCUUCAUUUCUCGCCUCUUCGCUAUAUAGCCAGAACAAGGACUCCUCCCCUCAGUCAGAACAAAUGCAUGACUACAGCUUCGACGACGAAUUCCAAUGA